CACAACUAUCUUACGACAGGCUCUAUAAGAACUCACGUCUAUUACGAGCACUACUUUCAGUUACACUUCAUACGACGCCAUCUGGCAGACUCUGACUCUUAUCGGAGUCCUCCACCCUGUUCCAACUCGGCAGACCAACUACCAACAGGCGGAUUUGACACUUCGUCUGUCAACGUCGAUCUUCUUCACGAACGGGUCACCAGCGAAUCUUCAUCUUCUUCCAUAAGCCUACGUGUGUGCAUAUUAUAAACUUUUCGAUUCGAGAGAGGCUGGCUUCUCAAGCUUGAGAGUCUGAAGCGAACUUGGGCGGAAACAACCUCCCCCACCCCCAGGCACAUCAAGCCCUCGGCUUUGAGAGACCUUGGUCCCAACCGCCCAAAGCGCCCUCGACGAGUUAGCAUACCGAAAUUGCGGCAUAUUCAUCUUUCGCUCACUUCCAUAUCCGACGGCAAAGAUGUCUUCAUACCUCGACAAGGCGCAGAAUGCAUUCAAAAGCAAUGUGCAGGGAGCUGCCUCGAGGGUCUCCAACAAGCGCACCAUUGCAGCAACGUCUACAUCUGUUCCAUCUCCAUCACCAGCGAGCCAGUCCACCCCGUCUCCGAGCUCUAAAGAUCAGAAGCGCAAGCGCGAGACCCUGCCAGUCGUCUACUCUCAGCCGUCGGAAACCGGCUAUGGCAGCGAUUCAUACACACAAGUCACAUACAUUAUUGAAUUUUUGAAGAAGAAGGGAGAGCCGAAAAGCUUCAAGGAAAUUCUUGAGUAUAUGUCAUUUAUGGGCCUUCCUGAUCAGCAAAAACGUACUCUGGCUGCGAUUCUUCGGAAACACGGACGGCUAGAAUGGAUUCCGGACCCAAAGAAGAAAGUACAGGCGUGGGAUUCUGGCAAGUUCCAGCACAGACCUAUCAUAAAUGUGCGAACGAAAGAUCAGCUUCUGGCGUAUUUACAGAGGAAGGCGGAUGCUCAGGGUGUCUCAGUGAAGGAGCUCAAGGACGGCUGGCCAGAUUGUGAGGAUGCUAUCACUGAGUUGGAGAAGCAGCAUCGUUUGCUGGUCACCCGAACAAAGAAAGAUGGACACGCCCGCAUGGUUUGGGCCGAUGACCCUACGCUACGCCAUCCUGUUGAACCCGAAUUUGAGACUAUGUGGCACCGCAUUGAACUGGCAGAUCCGGAUGACCUCGUUAGGAAGCUCAUCGAGGCCGGUCAAAAGCCUGCCAGCGAGGACCCAAGCAAGCGGGUGAAGGCACCACCAAAGGCGAAGGAUAAGAAGAAGAGGCCGCCGAGGAAGGGUGGCCGGACUACUAAUGUUCAUAUGGAGCAUCUGCUGAGAGAUUUUGACCACUUGAGAGGCUGAAAGGAUGGUCUAUGGGGUAUACCUAGCUCAUUGGAUCACAGAGGAGUAUCGAUUCUGCGCGGGAUGGAUUCGAGGGACUCCAAUAGCUUUUGGCAUUAGCGACGGCGUUCGGGAAAGUUUAUCAAAUAUGAUUGUCUGGGGGUGGCACAUAGUGCUACAGAGCAACAGACAGCAAAAAGUAUACUAUAGAUACCAAUAAAUGGAUUCGGAUCCUCAGACGUCUCUCAUCCCGGGAGCUGCUGUGAUACAUGUUGUGAAUGUCUGUGUCCCU